UAGAAGAAGAUAUUUAUCGCGAGAAUCUCUGAGUUGUCAUAUGACCGUCUGACUGCAGAUCGAAAAAAAAAGGAAAGAAAAGACUGAUUUCAGCUGGUUUUUGGGGGGAGUUUCCAUCUACGGGCUGUUUUCUGCAACAUUGUCAUAAUGUCGGGGAACAGCCUGGUUUUACCCAUAGUGCUCUGGGGCCGCACGGCUCCCACGCACUGCAUCAGCAGUUUACUGGUAAUGGAUGACUUCAGCACCAUUAUCACUGGCUGCCAUGAUGGGCAGAUCUGCCUGUGGGACAUGACGCCGGAGCUGGAGAUUUGUCCCAGAGCCAUGCUGUUUGGUCACACUACCUCCAUCACGUGUCUGUCUAAAGCCAGCGCGAGCAAUGACAAACAGUACAUCGUCAGUGCCUCAGAGAGCGGGGAGAUGUGUUUAUGGGAUGUAAACGAUGGACGCUGCAUUGAAUUCACUAAGUUGGCCUGCGCACACACGGGUAUCCAGUUCUACCAAUUCACCAUUGGCACUCAGAGAGAGGGGCGCCUGCUUUGUCAUGGCCAUUACCCAGAAAUCCUUGUGAUGGAUGCCACCAGCCUGGAAGUCUUGUACUCGUUGGUGUCCAAAAUAUCUCCUGAUUGGAUCAGUUCCAUGAGCAUCAUUCGGUCUCACCGGACACAAGAGGACACGGUGGUUGCUGUAUCAGUGAUGGGAAUUUUGAAGGUCUGGAUCAUAACAGCUGAGGUCAACAAGAUGCAGGACCUGGAUCCAGUUUUUGAAGAAGAGUCCAAACCGAUCUACUGUCAAAGCUGUCAGAGUAUUUCAUUUUGUACCUUCACCCAGAGCAGCCUGUUGGUGGUCUGCUCCAAGUACUGGAGGGUUUUCGAUGCUGAUGAUUACUCGCUGCUCUGCUCUGUGUCGAGUGACAGCGAGCAGACAUGGAGUGGAGGAGAGUUCAUCGCUGCCGACAAAGUCAUCAUCUGGACCGAAGACGGCUGCAGUUACAUUUACAAGCUUCCUGGCAGCUGUCUACCUGCCAGUGAACAUUUCCGCAGUGAUGUUGGGAAAACCAAAGAAGGCGCCGUCCCUCCUUUGGUCUACAGCUUUGCUGAGCGCUCUGACAAACAGCUCCUGAUCUGUCCUCCUGUGACUCGUUUUUUCUUUGGGCGGCGUGAGCCUUUCCACAAACUGUUGAUCCAGGGAGACUCUGCAGGUCGGCUCUCACUGUGGAGCAUCCCAGACAUGGUGCCGCUGCAAUCACAGCCCUCCACCAAAGUUGCAGAGCUGCAGGUUUCUUCCACCAUCAGUCUGCAGGAGGCCUUCGAUAAGCUGACCCCUGUAUCUGCCGGAAUCAUUGACCAGCUCAGCAUCCUGCCCGGCAGAGAGAAACCCAUCAAGGUGACAGCCAGCAUCUACAUCCCCUCUCAGGGUCGGCUGGUUUGUGGCAGGGAAGACGGCAGCAUCAUCCUGGUUCCUGCCACUCAGACUGCCAUCGUACAGCUGCUCCAAGGAGAGCACAUGCUGAGGAGAGGUUGGCCUCCUCAUCGUACCCUGAGAGGUCACCGUAACAAGGUGACCUGCGUUCUGUACCCGUACCAGAUCUCUGCUCGGUAUGACCAGCGCUCCCUGGUGUCUGGAGGCGUGGACUUCUCAGUCAUCGUAUGGGACAUUUUCACUGGAGAAAUGAAGCACAUCUUCUGUGUCCACGGAGGAGAGAUCACUCAGCUCAUCAUCCCGCCAGAAAACUGCAGCACUCGUGUGCAGCACUGUGUCUGCUCCGUGGCAAGCGAUCACUCCGUUGGCCUGCUCAGUCUGAGGGAGAGGAAGUGUAUCAUGUUGGCAUCGCGACACCUUUUUCCCAUCCAGGUCAUCAAAUGGCGUCCAGCUGACGACUACCUGGUGGUGGGAUGUUCUGAUGGCUCGAUCUACGUCUGGCAGAUGGAUACAGGAGCCUUGGACCGCUGUGUGAUGGGUAUAACUGCUGUUGAGAUCUUGAACGCUUGUGAUGAGUUGGCGCCAGCCCCCGUGUAUGCUCUGAGCCAGUCAGCAGUGAACCUGAAGCAGGCGAUGACUCGCCGCAGCCUGGCGGCGCUGAAAAACAUGGCUCAGCAUAAACUGCAGACACUGGCCACCAACCUGCUGGCUGCAGACAACGCCGACAAGGGAAACCUACCAAAGUACUCCCAUAAUGCCCUCGUGGUCCAGGCAAUAAAGACCAACCUGACUGACCCUGACAUGCACGUACUGUUCUUCGAUGUGGAGGCGGUGAUCAUCCAGCUGCUGACUGAGGAAGCUCAGCGGCCCAACCCUAUGUUGGUGUCUCCUGAGACGCUGCAGAAGAGCCAGGCGGGGGCCGAUAAAAGCUCGUCGUUUCUCGCCAACAAGAUCUUCAAACAGGUGAAGGAAACAAUGAAGGAGACCAUUAAGGAGCACCUUCUAGAUGAAGACGAGGAGGAAGAAGAGGAGAUAAGGAGGUGUGAGGAGAAGUCAAAGUCUUUGAGUCUGCUGGAGUACAACCUGACAAUGGACACUGCCAAACUUUUCAUGUCCUGCCUGCAUGCGUGGGGCCUGAACCAGCAGCUGGACUCCAUCUGCCUGGACCGACUGGGAAUGCUCAGACCACACUGCCCAAUCUCCUUUGGUCUUAUCUCCAGAGGUGGUCACAUGUCCCUCAUGUUGCCCACCUUCAAGGAGUCUCUGCUCCGACAGUUGUCCCUGGCAACGGGUCGUAAGCUGACGCUGUCAGACAUCGUGGGGAAGGGGACGUAUGGCGUGUCGAGGGCCGUCACCACGCAGCACCUGUUGUCUGUCAUCUCGCUGGCCAACACGCUGAUGGGUAUGACCAAUGCCACCUUUGUCGGAGAGCACAUGAAGAAGGCACCAGUCAGGCCUCCCAGACCAGGAGGAACCCCAGAGACUCAUCGCAGGACGCCGGUCGCCCCUCCUCAGCCCUCCAGCCCAGCGUUACAGGCCCAGAUCAAACAAGCUGCUGUAGCUGCCAGCACUGCCGGGCCUGUGGGGGCCUCUGGGGGCCGUCCUCAGGGGGCCCCUGGCUCUGCCAACCCUGCUUCUCAUAACGUCCCCUCAGUCAAUGAAGGUUGGAGUCAGCUGGCAGCAAUGCACUGCGUGAUGCUCCCUGAUCUCCUUGGCCUCGACAAGUUCAGACCGCCGCUGCUGGAGAUGUUGGCGAGAAGAUGGCAGGACCGCUGUCUGGAGGUGCGAGAGGCGGCACAGGCUCUCCUGUUGGCUGAGUUAAGAAGGAUUGGUCAGUUAGGCCGUAAAGACGCCAUCGACAUGUGGGCGCCGUACUUGCCUCAGUACGUGGACACAGUCAGCUCCCCUGGGACAACCACAGAGGCCUCCCCUCCAGCUCUGCCCCCUCCAGAGGCGCAGCCAGUGGAGGCAAAGGCUCCUGAGGAGGAAAUGGAUGUCACUGAUGAUGAUAUCACAGCAGGAUGUUUAUCAAACCUUCCUCCCAAUGCCAAGAAAAUCUCCAACUCCUACGAGGAGCGCCGGAAACAGGCCACCGCCAUCGUGUUGCUGGGAGUGAUCGGGGCUGAGUUUGGUGCAGAGAUUGAGCCACCAAAGGGUUCAGCCCGAGCUCGAGCCGGCGGUCAGGCACCCGAGGGCUUCGGACUAACCAGCGGAGGGUCAUCCAACUACUCACUAGCCAGGCACACCUGUAAAGCGCUGACCUUCCUGCUGCUGCAGCCGCCGAGCCCCAAGCUUCCACCCCACAGCACCAUCCGCCGCACCGCCAUCGAUCUGAUUGGCCGUGGCUUCACCGUCUGGGAGCCAUAUAUGGACGUGUCAGCAGUGCUGAUGGGACUGCUGGAGCUGUGUGCCGAAGCCGAGAAACAGCUGGCCAAUAUCACGAUGGGUUUGCCUCUAAACCCGCCAGCUGAUUCAGCCCGUUCGGCUCGCCACGCCCUCUCGCUGAUUGCUACUGCUCGACCGCCCGCCUUCAUAACUACCAUCGCCAGGGAGGUUCAUCGGUACAACGCGGCCCAGGCGAACUCUCAGUCCCAGCAGAACAUUCACACCACGACUCUCGCCAGAGCCAAAACCGAAAUCCUGCGCGUUAUCGACAUCCUGAUAGAGAAGAUGCCCGGAGACGUUGUGGACCUGCUGGUUGAGGUCAUGGAUAUCAUCAUGUACUGCAUUGAAGGUUCUCUGGUGAAGAAGAAGGGACUGCAGGAGUGUUUCCCUGCAAUCUGCAGGUUCUACAUGGUUGGUUACUGCGAUCGCAGUCACCGCAUCGCUGUUGGAGCUCGUCAGGGUUCAGUUGUCCUCUACGAUGUUCGGACUGGAAAAUGCCAGAACAUUCAUGGUCAUAAAGGUCCAAUCACAGCUGUGUCGUUCGCUCCUGAUGGUCGUUACCUCGCGACUUACUCCAACGCUGACAGCCACAUCUCCUUCUGGCAGAUGAACACCAGCCUCCUGGGGAGCAUCGGGAUGCUGAACUCCGCCCCUCAGCUACGCUGCAUUAAGACCUACCAGGUUCCUCCGGUGCAGCCGGCGUCUCCAGGCUCCCAGAACCACCUGAAGCUCGCUCGCCUCAUCUGGACCUCCAACCGUAACGUCAUCCUGAUGGCUCACGAUGGCAAGGAGCACCGCUUCAUGGUCUGAACCCACCGCAGGUCCUGCAGCUUCUGGUUCCAGGGUUUGAGCGCCCGCACCUCAAACUUACUGUCAUAUUUUUAUUUCCUGUGAAGCUGAACCGUAUCAGAUCCUCGCUGAUCGUGUUUACAGAAAUCCUUAUUUAUUUGUUUUAGUAGUGAAAUGAAAGCAGCAAAUGUUUGCGACAACAUUCAGCUGUUUGUUUUGUUGAUGUGUUGUUGUUGUUAUUAAAGGACCAAACA